UUGGUGCUUCUCCAUGCUGUUUGGAAACCAUCGCUUCUCCAGAUCCUCAGUGUUCUUUGCACUCUUUCUUCCUUGAUCAUCUUAGGAUGAUAUCCUACGAUUAUCAAUGACUCCAGAGGUUGAAUUUCCUCUGUAGCGUCACUUUUUACGUGCAUAGAUGCUUUUACAAGAUGUUUAUACCUGCUGGACGGUUAUUCACGAUAAUACUGUUGAUGCUGACAUGUCUCGCCUAUGGUUCCCAGACCACUCAUCCUACCGCAUCAGCAACAUCUUUGUCCGGUCUGAUCCCAAGCUGUGCGGCAGACUGCAUCGAAGAAUUUAUAAUCUCCGAUUACCCAAAGGGCGCAUGCUCGGAGUGGGAUCUCGGCUGUCUCUGUCGGACGAACACGACAAGCGGCUAUUCGCUUGGGGAGGCGGCAUUUCGCUGUAGCCUUUCCUUAUGUUCUAUGAAAACAGUCUUCAGCGCCGACUUGUACGACAUUUGCGACUCGGUACCUGGAGCUUUGCCACGGACUCAUGCUACGAUCACCGCGACAGUGAUGCCAACAGGAUCAAGUCCCACGCAAAGGACUGCAACGACGACGACGACAGCGACGGUGCCAUCUACCUCCAGCUCCAGUUCGGCCUCCAACACUGGGACCGGGUCUAGCUCUAGUACAUCCUCACAACCGACAAGUCUUAGUACUGAGCAUACCUCGGUAACUACUGAGACUUUUCAAAGUCCUUUGACGAUUCCAACUUCGCAGCCUUUUCUCACGGCAACGGGUAGCGCUACCAGUAGUGGCCAGUCGGCAUCCGCGAGCGCAUCUGACAGCAGGCUGGAACCUGCUGCUGUGAUUGGAGUUUCAGUUGCUUCUGGGAUAUCUGGAUUCUUCAUUAUGGGUGUUAUAAUAUUUUUCUGUUGUAGGAAGGCAAGGCGACGAAAACAGGAUGAAAAGGACCACUUUUUCGAGAUUGGAGGUGUCAUGUCCGAGCCUCCGGAUUUCACAUUUCCACCAAGGCGGCCAACUGGGCCUCGUCCUAUGCCUGGUACAACAGAUAGGGAUUCCGAAACCUCCAGACUGAUAACCCCGUUUGAGCCGAGAGCUCAGACACCUGCUGUCGUUGUCACAGGCCCCGGUAAUCAUCAUAAUAAUAGUCCCAUGGGGGUGUAUAGUACCGACAGGAUUGGUUUUGCAAUGACUUCUAAUUCCGAAGCUGAGGGAUCAUUGAGCCAGUCGUCUCCACGAACGAUUUCAGAUCUACUUCCUGAUAAACCAACGCUGGGGCUUUAUCCGGAACCAUUAAGGUUGAGUCGUCAGAAACCGCCCAGACCCCACAGCCAUGCGACUUUAUUCGAAGAGGAUAUGGCAAGACCACGGAGCGUCUUUGGUGCACCAUACCAGAAUCUAAAUCAGCCGACCUCAUCAAGUCAAACUCAAGAAAGUCGGCGGUAUAACCGGGCCCCUAUGGCUGGAUUGCCUGCGCAUCCUCGUGCGAUGCUCCAUGGUUUUGGGGAAGGCCAGGAUGGAAAGCUUGCUAUGAGAGGCCCGAAUUACCGAAGGAGGCCUACCUAUGCAGAGAGCGGAUCAAGGGUUCGGUACUCCAAUCAAGAUGACACUUAUGAAAGCCUGCUACAAAGCUCUCCGGUCUCGGACGCUGGGGAGUUUGUCGACCGGGACCGGCAGCAUCGCGGUGCUGGACAUGUGAGACUUGUCGGACCGGCGUCGUCACAGGGUGUUGCAAGUGGUCCAUUCGGUGGCACGGACGCGAACAAUAGCAUGUUGUACAACCUGGAUGACAAUAUUGAGGACAUCGAUAUCAACGGCUCCACUAGCAGAUUGGACCGUGAAUCCCGGCAUUCGGGAAACUUACGGCCACUCACGCCAGUGCGGGAAGUCAGAACACCAACGCGAGAAUCUCCUACACCGAACUGGGAAUUUGCCUCGAGUGACCAACCCGGUCUUCCCCGGAUGCCAUUUACGCGGGCGGUCAGUCCCAGGCAGGAAAUUGUCUCUCGCCCGCGGAUUGUACGAGGGGACGAUAUCAGAAGAGUCCAAAUUCGGCGGAAGCCACAUGCCGGAGGGUUAACUGUACCUUACUCACCUGAAGACUACUGGCUUGGUCAUGAUCCAGGGCCUGUGUUGGAGACUCGGGCACGCAGACAGUCCACCGAUUCGAUGCGUUCCAUUGAAAGCGUGAGGGGCCACAUGCCGAAGAAGAAGCCGGUGCCGUACGAGCGAAAUGUAACCCCAUCCCGCAGCGGGUCGGAUUUGAUACUGCGCGUGGAUUGACGGGAUAC